ACAGAGAAAACUAUUGUGUCAAAGGGACAGCACCAAAAGGCAAAAGGAAGAAGACCAUGGCAAAGAAGGUGGCAGUGAUUGGAGCUGGGGUCAGUGGCCUGGUCUCUCUGAAGUGCUGUGUGGAUGAGGGACUGGAGCCCACUUGCUUUGAGCAAACUGAAGAUAUUGGAGGGCUGUGGAGGUUCAAGGAAAAUGUUGAAGAUGGCCAAGCAAGUAUCUAUCAAUCUGUCAUCACCAACACCAGCAAAGAAAUGUCUUGUUUCAGUGACUUUCCAAUGCCUGAAGACUUUCCAAACUUCCUGCACAAUUCUAAGCUCCUGGAAUAUUUCAGAAUUUUUGCCAGAAAGUUUGAUCUUCUAAAAUAUAUUCAGUUCCAGACAACUGUCCUCAGUGUGAAAAAACACACGGAUUUCUCAUCUUCUGGCCAAUGGGAGGUUGUUACCGAGAGCAACAGCAAGAAGCAAAGUGCUGUGUUUGACGCAGUUAUGGUUUGCAGUGGCCAUCACAUCCUCCCUCACAUCCCACUGGAGUCAUUUCCAGGUAUUGAGAGGUUCAAAGGCCAGUAUUUCCAUAGCCGCCAAUACAAGCACCCAGAGGGACUUGAAGGGAAACAUAUCCUGGUGAUUGGACUAGGAAACUCGGCCUCAGAUAUUGCCGUUGAGCUGAGUAAGAAGGCUGCUCAGGUAUUUAUCAGCACCAGACAUGGUUCCUGGGUCAUGGGCCGUAUCUCUGAAGAUGGCUAUCCCUGGGACAUAGUGUUCCAAACCCGGUUUAGGUCCAUGCUCCAAAAUGUCCUGCCACAAACAAUUCAAAAAUGGAUGAUUGAACGGCAGAUGAAUCAGCGGUUCAACCAUGAAAAUUAUGGCCUUGAGCCUCAAAACAAAUAUCUUAUGAAAGAACCUGUGGUAAAUGAUGAUCUUCCAAGUUGUAUACUCUACGGAGCCAUCAAGGUGAAACCGAGAGUGGAAAAGCUCAUAGAAACUUCUGCCAUCUUUGAAGAUGGAACAGUGGAGGAGAAUAUUGAUGUUAUUAUCUUUGCAACAGGAUAUACUUUCUCUUUUCCAUUCCUUGAAGAUCCACUUGUUAAAGUAGAGGAUAAGAUGGUCUCACUGUAUAAAUACAUAUUCCCUCCUCACCUGGAGAAGUCAACUCUGGCGUGCAUUGGUCUCAUCCAGCCCCUAGGUUCCAUUUUCCCAACUGCCGAACUUCAAGCUUCACCCUGGGCAACCAGGGUUUUCAAAGGCUUGUGUACCUUGCCCUCAGAGAGGACUAUGAUGGCGGACAUUAUCAAGAGGAAUGAAGAAAGAAUAGAUCUGUUUGGAAAGAGCCAGAGCCAGACGCUGCAGACCAAUUACAUCGACUACUUGGACGAGCUCGCCUUAGAGAUAGGUGCAAAGCCAGACAUCCUGUCUCUCUUGCUGAAAGACCCCAAACUGGCUGUGAAGCUCUAUUUCGGACCCUGCAACCCCUUCCAGUACCGCCUCACUGGGCCCAGGCAGUGGAAGGGAGCCAAGAGGGCCAUCCUCACCCAGAAACAAUGGAUACUGAAGCCUUUAAAGACACGGGCACUAAAAGCUUCAUCUGAUUUCCCAGUUUCCUUUCUGUUGAAAAUCGUGGGGCUUCUUGCUAUUGUUGUGGUCCUUUUUUUUCAGCUUCAGUGGUUCUAAUUGGUCAGCAUAAAGCUUUUGAUUUUAGUGUCAGUCAGUUCCUCUUAAAA